AACAUAUCUUACUUUAUCUUCACCAUGAGUUCGUUGAGUUUUGUUGUUGCAGUCAGCGUUGUUUCAAUAUCAUAAGAACUGCCAUUCGCUUGCUUGUGAUAGCUAGCCAUUCAUUUUUGGAAUUAUUUGGCUUUUUGCCUCCCACAACUAACUAAGAAGCGGAAUGCUUCUAUAACCGCGCGUUUUCUGCAUGGAUACCGAUAUCGCAGGCCACAAUGCAGUCAGCCAAGAGUGAAGGACGCCCCGCGGCGGCGACCUCGAUCACGACAAUGGAGAAGAGGGAUGGGGAUAAGGCGGUCGUAUCUUCGCCGGCGAAGCCUCGGCCGAUACAUUAUCCCUUCUGGUUUGGUGGCAGCGCGAGUAGUAUGGCCGCCUGCGUAACACAUCCCCUAGACCUAGUCAAAGUGCGCCUCCAAACCCGGACCGGCGACAUGCCCAAGUCGAUGAGCGGCACCUUCGUGCACAUCAUCAAACACAACGGCAUCCGCGGCCUCUACAACGGCCUGUCAGCCUCCCUGCUCCGGCAGCUCACCUACUCCACCACUCGGUUCGGCAUCUACGAGGAGAUGAAGAACCGGUUCAGCUCCAAAAAGACCGACCCCACCACGGGCAAGCCCAAGCCACCGUCCCUGCCCCUCCUGAUCGCCAUGGCCUCCACAUCGGGCUUCAUCGGCGGGAUCGCGGGCAACGCGGCCGACGUGCUCAACGUGCGGAUGCAGCACGACGCGGCGCUGCCGGCGGGCCAGCGGCGCAACUACGCGCACGCGGGCGACGGCCUGGUGCGCAUGGUGCGCGAGGAGGGCGCCGCCAGCCUGUUCCGCGGCGUGUGGCCCAACAGCGCGCGCGCGGCGGCCAUGACGGCCAGCCAGCUGGCCAGCUACGACGUCUUCAAGCGCACCCUGCUGCGCCUGACCCCGAUGCAGGACAACCUGGCCACCCACUUCAGCGCCUCCUUCCUCGCCGGCGUCGUCGCCGCCACCGUCACCAGCCCGAUCGACGUCAUCAAGACCCGCGUCAUGUCGGCCACCGGCGGCGACGUGGGCGUGGUGGGUGUGCUGCGCGAGGUGUAUGCCAAGGAGGGCAUGCGGUGGAUGUUCAAGGGCUGGGUGCCGAGUUUCCUGAGACUGGGACCCCAAACGAUCUGUACAUUUCUCUUUUUAGAGUCUCACCGCAAGGUUUAUAGAAAGAUCAACGGCAUAGAGGGGCCGGUAUGAGGCCGAGCCACGAGCGGCUUGGCCCACGGCGGGGUGACAUGCGAUACAGUUGGAUAGACUAAUGUCGACAAGCAUCGAGUGCGUACAUAGCGCGACACAUUGCCGUGGACCGGCAACCAUAGAGGCAGGGUGGGCGUUUGAUGUGUUUCUAGAGAGGGGGCAGAGAUGCGUUUGCAGGACGGGCGUUGGACAAAGCCCCUAGCUCGUUGCCUCACCUGUGUAUUUUUCUUGUCCUUUUCCUUUUCCUCAAUACCCGUGAUGAUGGUAGAUUAGAGCGCCUGUAGGGUAGAGCAAUUUCCGUCCGAA